AUGUUGUUGUCUGGGUUAGUUUGUGCUUUAGUCGCUGCAAGCGUAGCUGCAGAUCCAUUUCUACUAAAUGCUGACUUGCUUGCUAGGGGACAUCCAAAAUUGGCAGUUGUCCACCAUGCCGCUCAUACUGCAAACGCAGGAACAGGUGCUGUUGGUGAAUCACACCUCAGAUACUUGUUCUUGGUUCCCGUCGUUGACCAUAGAUCCCACCUUGGAGAUGGUUUGGCAUCUGGCCCUCUAGGACACGCACCAGUUGUACACAAGGCCUUGGUUCCAGACUUUGCCGCUGGUGAAUUGAUGACUGAGUUGGUCGGUCUCUCAGACUGCAAGACCUGGCAUGCAGCUUUGGUCGGUGUUUGGGGACCCUCUGGACACCACUUCAAGCAUGUUGUAGCAGUAAAAGGCCUUGACGGCAAAUUUGUAGUUACCGCCCUUGCUGAUCUUGGCAAGUUGGUUGAUUUUGUAAAGGGCAAGACCAACCAUGAGCACGUUAAGGCAUUAUUUGCCAAGGGUGUCGCAGGACACGAACUCCUUCACAGAGUUCACGACGCAUUCGCUGCAAUGCUUUAA